AUGGUGGCCUCUGCUUGGCGUCGAGCGCAGUGCCUUUUCCAGUCACAGACCGUGUCUUGUCUAACCCUUUCACCCGGGGCUUGCCGCGCCGCCAUCUGGCCUAACAGUGAUUCCGCAAACCCUCUCGGUUCUUGUCCGUAUCGCUCCAUAGAAGAGAGAGCGCCUGCCAGUGCACAAAACGCCGAACCGCCAGCUCAAUGCAUCGAGGCAGGCCACGGUCGCUGCAUGCUCGCCGACCUCGUCUCAUUCCUUCUUGCAGCAAAGACAGCCACAAACGGAUAUCUGUACGUCUGCCUUCCAGUUGGACCGCCUCUUUGUUUUACUGACUCUGAGAAAGAACAGGGGAGGGUGUGUACAGCCCAUACAGUCGCACCGCCGGACGCUCGUCUGGAUGGCGGCACAACAGCAACAGAGAAGCCUGCCUGGCUCUGCUGCUGCGUGUUUCGUCUGAUACACCGCCUCUACGGUAUCUUGUCAUCGGGCAGCGGGGCGUCAGAUAUCUUUCUUCUUCCAGUCGAGGCGGAACGGGGGUGGAGGCGAAACUUCCUCAAUGCCGUUGCGGCCCACGUCCGGACCUUCCCCACUGUACAGACACCUUGUGCAGCUGAGAACCAUUCCGCGUUCAUCCGAAACUCGGGCACAAAAUGCAGGAAAACGAAGCCAGGGCACGAGGAGAAUAGUGUCUCCAUAACGAAUUUCAUCGAUCCCAACUUCCGCUUCACUGACACCAGCUUCUGCGAGUAUGUACAGAAAGAACCACGACUGCGAACCGUGUGCUUGGAUUCCGCUGUCGCCCGCUUGCUUGCGUCGGAUCAAGUCGAGGCUGGCCGUCUCCGAGCCGAGUGUGUCUUUUCCGCCUCGCCGUCAAGCGAAGACGCACCGGCGUUUACCCAGCGGGGGACGACAGGAGGGAAAGGUGACCAUCUUGCCUCGAGUGAAUCCGCGGCGACCGCGCCAGGCCGACCGGAGAGCCCCGCUUGCGCCACAAGAACCUUGCCGCCGUCCUCCCGGUAUGAAGGGGACUUUUCACCUGGGCAGGAUGCCUGUCCAUCGGCGAAUAACGGAGAGGGUUCGGGGGCCACAGGCCGCCCGUGUGCGCUUCCCUCUUCUCCUCCAUGGGGUCCCUCAGAAUCUCGCCUUUGCUCCGCGUGUAUGAAUCGGUGCCCUCUGAGUCCGGACGAUGCGGCGGACACUGUGGCGGAUGGCGUACGCAUAGCUGUACCCUUCCCACUGCUGUCGACAGCGAAAAACACCGGCAGCCCGAUGUGCUCUCUAAGCGAGAGAGGAGGAAGCGACCCCUCGACGAGCUCAGCCUCUCGACGUCUUCACAUGCCUCUGUGCCGGUUUCUCCAGACGGAGUUCCGCCUUGGCCACCUUGUGGUCGCCGGAGCGUUUGAUCGCCUGCAUGCAGGCCACAAGAUUCUGCUGACAGCGACCGCGCUGCUGGCGAGAGACCGCGUGGGCCUGGCCGUCACCUCCGGAGAGUUGAUCGCCCGGAAAGUCAAAGACCCUUUCCUUGCUCUUGCCUCAGGGAUCGAGCCCUUCUGUCUCCGCAGCCGCUCGGCAGCGGCCUUCCUCGCGCUAGUGAUCCGGGCGACGGGCCGCAAAUGCGUUUUCGAAAAUUACACAGAGCAGGUUCUGCGGGAGGAGCUGCGGAAGGAGCUGGGGAAUUCCCCCGGCACGACAACGGAGAGGCAAGCUCGCGCACCGGGCGAGGAUUCUCUAACAACGGAGGCUGGCGUGGAAGUCCUCUGGCGGCAGGCCUAUGACCAGGCGACGCAGAUUUGGAGUCCGCAGGCUUCACUCGCGCCAGGUGAGAAGACAGCCCGCAACUCCCCAGGCGACGCAGGCCGCGCGCGUGUCUCGCCUCCUCUGUGGAGUGGCGCCGUCGACGGUCGCUACCUCAGCGACUGGCUGCCGAAUGAAGAAGGGGACUCUCGCGGCCCGAAGGCGGGCUCGGGCGAAGUCGGUAUUUGCCUGUAUUGCAUCGAAGAUCCCCUAGGACCCGCUGGAGACCUCGCGUUCGACGGCCUCGUGGUCAGCGCCGAGUCCGUUGGCGGCGGCCAAUUCGUCAACGCGGAGAGAGAGAAGCGUCAAAACCCGCCUGUCGCCCUCGUCGAGGUGCCCACGCUGCCGCCUCAAAGCGCCCGAGGCGCAGACGCACCCCCGGGCUCGGUGUCGUCGUCAGGCGGGGGGACAGCGCAGUCCUCUGAGUCUCCUGAGGCGUCGCGCGCCCGCGAGUGCCCAACCUGCCGACCGGCCGAAGCAGGGAAGCGCGCGUUUUCAGCAGAGUGCGCAGCUCCUGGGGCGGCCGCAGUCAAGCGGGCUCGCCGAGAAGAGGCCUCAGCGAAGCUCAGCUCCACGGCGCUGCGGAGCGUUCAAGCCUCGCGGCUGCGCGUGACCCAAGCCGACAUGGAGAGGAUGUUCACCGCAUUUCACAGAGCUGCUGCGACUGUCAUCGGCGCCGCGGAGCCGGUGCGCAACGCGUACUGGACGGUCUUCUGCGAGAUGUUCAGCGCACCGUGGCGGCGGUUUUCCUCGUUCGCCCGCCUCAAGCGCCUUCUGAAUCUUCUGGAAACGAUUACGGGCGAGACGACUCAGAACGCUGGGGGCCUCAGCGAGCGCCAGCGCGCGAGUGUCGCCCUGGCGCUGUGGUUCGCGUGCGCCUUCUCUCUCCCGCGGCCUCUCCUGUGGGGCCUGGAAGCGCGCCGUGUCUCGCAGGGAGACACAUGCGACGCCAGGGACGAGAAAAAAACGGAGCCUACGCAGAGGGCGCCAUUGGAUCUGCCGGAUGCGCGCGCGUCCCUCGCCGGCUGCAGCGAGACUGGGGCGUCGGAGUUCCUGUGGGGAUGUUUCUUCGAUGCCAGCUGUGCGGCGUUCAUGGCGGAGGCGAUUUGCCGGGCGACAGAUGAGGGAUUCGGUGGAGAGACGUCUCGUUCCGCUGCGGCAGGCAGCGCCAAGAUCUCUUCUACGUCGUGCUUGCCGGCAGACGAGGGCGCAUGCGCAAAUGCAGACCCAAAGAGGCGCGCGUUUUCAGCUAUCCGAGCCUGCGUUGCCGCCGCGCGGGCCCUGUCUCCCUUCCUGUCUCCUUUCGCGGCGCUGAGAGGCGAACGUGCACCUGAAGAAGCGACGGAUGUACCCGUGUGCUGCAGAGCGAUAGGCCUCGUCGAGUUACGCGACAUCGCAGUGCCGUGGUCGGAGUACGUAUCUCGGUGCGCGGAGCCCUUCAUGGAAGAAAACAGCUGCCUAGUAGGCGAACGCGACUACCGUGCGCUGCGCGCGACACAGAUUCGUGCCUGGCUGUCUCGCUAUCACGACGACGGCAGGGAGCUCGAGCUGUCUGCUCUCAGUUUGCAGCGAAGCGAAAUCAACCAAAUCGUUUCUAAUCUGAAGCGCGAAUUGGACAUGCUCUCAGCUACACCCAAUUCCGCAGGCGCAUCCUGUGCUAGACGUACAACCGUUCCUGCCGCCAACGAACCCGUCGCCUCCUAA